AUGUUAAUUAAUUGCUAGGAAAAUGAUUUAUAAAUUCUAGUCUUCUCAGUAUUUAGAAAACAUUUUUUUCGCGAUUAAUCUUACUAUUUAAAAUUAUCUCAUACAUAAAUAAUGAUGAGUCAAGUAAGUUAUAAUAGUAUUGAUAAUAUAGGAGUGUUAAUUUAUGAAAACAAAGUAUAUUUUAGAUUUGAAUUCAGAAACUCAAUUCGAAUGGAUAGUUAGAAACCAAUAAUUAGUUGGAUUUCUCUUUCCUUAUUAAAAUAAAAUGAAGGAUUUUUAUGGAGAUUCCAAAAAUCUGUCAGAGUUAAAAUAAAGACUAGGAAAAUAAAUUAUUUUUAAAUCACUUACAGUACAUUAUAAAUUGAUUAAAUUCAUAGAUUCAGGGACGUUUGGAUAAGUAUAUUAUUGUUCUAAUAAUAGAUUUAAUUAUAAUAAAACUAUAUAACUGGUCAAUUAGUUGCUAUUAAAACAUUAAUUAAUACAACUAAAUCUGCAUAAUAUUAAAUUGAGAAUGAAAUAAAGAUUCUUAGAACACUGA